AGGGGGGUCUAAGCAUGCUGCCCACAGAAAGCUAGACAUGUAGGGUGGAGGUGAAGGCCAGAUGGGGGGUGUUUGGACAAGAAGUUGGGAAUCAUUGUAAUUUGCUUGAAUGGACAUGUGUAACUUAAAACCAUAGAAGGUGACAUAGAGACCCAGAUCCAAGUUGACCCAAAUCCAAAGGACGUUACUGGAUCCACCGACCAAGAAGGGCUACUUGGACCCCGGACUCCUUCAGAUAUGGAGACUCAGCGGUCCAAGGCCAUGGAGGACUCCUUGACCAGAGAGGAAGGCGCUGCUGCAGAUGCAGAGCUUGCCAAAGCCAUAAUGGCUCGUCGUUUCCACCCCUCUCUCCUUGGCCCGGAGGCCUGGGAAGGAUACAUGUUUUCUGACCUGAAGAUCCGCAUCAAAGAGUCCACAGACCUCUACGGAGCCGUACUCUGGCCCUCAGCUAUGGUGUUGUGUCACUUCUUGGAGACCAACCGUGACAAAUACAACCUGACAGAAAAAAAUGUGAUUGAACUCGGUGCAGGAACUGGGCUCGUCACCAUUGUGUCCAGUCUAUUAGGCGCUAAGGUGACCUCCACUGACCUACCAGAUGUGUUGGGGAACCUCCAGUACAAUGUUAUGUGCAACACCAAGGGCAGAUGCAAGUACACUCCCCUGGUUACAGACCUCAUCUGGGGCCAGGAGGUGGAGCAGCGUUUUCCUCGUGCCACACAUUGUUUCGACUACAUCCUGGCAGCUGACGUUGUGUACGCCCACCCUUACCUUGAGGAGCUGAUGGACACCUUUGACCAUCUGUGCCAGGAAAACACACAGAUCCUGUGGGCCAUGCGUUUCCGCCUGGACCCAGAGAACAGCUUUGUGGAUCGCUUCCGGGAGCGCUUCCACCUGGAGGAACUGUACAACCUCCCCAGUCUGAGUAUCAAACUGUAUCGAGCCUGGAGAAAGGACAAGAGCACCAAGGACCAAGGAGAGGCUGCUGCCUGAACUGUUAGCACUCGGGACAUUUUUUUUGUUCUGCGUGUGUUUUUGUGAGUGUGUCUGCGAUUGCUGAACUCACUGAUUCAGUCAAAUUUGUGAAUUGUGUUGGUGAACUGAAAGGUGCUAUUUACUCAAUUGCAAUUGAAGUUUUCAUGUGAUUUAUUUUGGGACUAUGAUGUUCAUAGUUUGAUAUCUCAGUGGUCUCUUGCUCAGUAUACCACAAAAUCAAGUUGUGAUUUCUAUGUUUUUACACACAGUCAGUAUGUAUCUGCUGUAUUUAUGUUGAUCUUUAAUAAAGUGUCUGGAUACAUCGUAAGGCAUUCACUCUAACUGUAACGAAAGAUGACAUCAGUGCUCCAAUUGCACCCCUGGAGGGUCACGUUCAGGGAUUUUCUCUUAACUCAUCCAUCAGCAGCAUGUUCUCACACUUCAGCUCUUGGCUGACGAUGUUGUUUAG